AUGUCGUCGACUAUACCGCGCGUGGGAUUUCCUGCUGAAAUCUGGCUACACGUCUGCAAUUUCCUGCACAGUUUCGACGUCGCUGCACUCGCGCAAGUCAGCAUCGAAUUCCACAUGAACCUUCAGAAGGAGGUUUAUCUCGCGGCGAUGCGCGAUGACAACACCCACAUCAUCUCCAGGAGCGCCGCAACGGGGAACCUGGCCACUCUCCAGCGUAUAGCGUCGCACGGCGCGGACAUGAACAAGAUCUAUCCAGCCGAUGCUCCCCAGCAUCUCAAAGACUGGUUCAAGUGGCAGGAGGAGUGGAACAGCCGAGAGGCUCCAAACGGGCAAGGUGUCGAGGUCGCACUGUCAAAAGCCUGCUUCGCAACCCCCUUGCACCUCGCCGCAAAGGGCGGGCACUACGAUACCGUCCGGUGGCUUCUGGACCAGCACUCUGUCGAUGUGGAGAUGCCGGCGAGGUUUCUGUGCCAGUGUAUUCCCCCAGGCACCUAUCCGGUUCCUACUUAUAGGUUAAUAGGGCAAGCCGUACCGGCCUGGACGCCCCUACACAUUGCUAUUUGCCACCACAAAGUCUCCGUCGCCCGCUUGCUGCUCUCCAGCGGCGCUUCGUCUCGAAGCGUCUUCGACCGCGCCUGGGAGGGACUGAAUCCGACAAAGUAUAGAGGUCCAGCGAUAGCGGUUUCCGCACUCCAAUCCGCCGCCUAUUCCGGCAAUGAGCCCAUCAUCAAAGAGCUCGUGCAGUGUAUGGGAGUGGAUGCUGACGAAGUCGUGGUGGAAAGUGGUGCGACGCCGCUGUACUACGCAUUAACGGCGCAUAAUGAGCUCUCGGUGGCCCUCCUGCGACGUCUCGGGGCGAACCCGGAGCGGUCCUUCACGCUGGGCAGGAUUGGUAUUCACUACGAUAACGCUUUCGAAUAUGCUCUGGCCAUGGAAAAGACCGACCCGACACUCAACGUUCUUGAACUAUUCUCAUCGAAAGUGGCAACUGAUAUCUUCAAAUUCAUAUCAAACGUGGCAAAGUCAAACGCGGCACGUUAUCUCUUUUCAGAACCGGGAGGCGCCUGGUACUGUCCUUCAGGAACCGAAGGGAAGAUCGUCUCCAGGCUGAGACAAUCGCUCUUAACGGCGAGGUCCGAGUAUUGGGGUCAGGAUUAUCACACCCCUCUUGCGCCGGGCCUGAACAAGAUGAUGCCGGAUAUCUUCACUAGAGACCUCCACUCUUGA